AUGGGUAAUAAUAAUACAAGUUUAAAGGGUAGAAAAUUAAAGAUACCAAGUAUACCAGAGGAUGUGCAAACAAAAUCCAUCGAUGAAAAGCUGCCGGACUUGAACCGUUAUUUAGCGAGCGAUAUUGACUAUGUUGAAAAUAUACAUGCAUUUCAUUUUGUUAAAAGACACUUAUAUCAAAGUAAUUUUUCUUCACCAAUUGAAAAAAGACUCAUUCAAGAAGGAUUUAAUGUACUUGAUGUUGCAUGCGGUUCUGGUACAUGGUUAUUAGAUAUGUCAACGAAUUAUGAGAAUUCUCACUUUGUUGGACUUGAUUUUCAGGCAAUAUAUCCGCAAGAGAUAAAACCUCCAAAUUUAAAUUUUAUCGAAGCUGAUAUAUUGGAUGGAUUACCAUUCUCUGAUAAUGAAUUCGAUUUUGUGCAUCAAGAGUCAAUGGUUACUGUUUUACAAAAAAAUCAAUGGGAAUUCGUUUUAUCUGAGCUCAUUAGAGUAACUAAACCAGGUGGAUAUAUUGAAAUAUCUGAAACUAUUUAUACGUUUAAUGACUAUGGACCAAUCAUGCAGAAAUUAUUUAACAGCCUCUAUUCUUCCCUGUUAAAACAAAAUGUGGACUUUAACGUAAUAUACGAUCUUGAAUCAAUACUUGAAUCACAUCCAGCCAUAACAAAAGUUUAUCGAGAUGAAAGAGAGAUUAUUUUGGGACCUAAUGGUGGUAAAAUUGGGAUAGCUUGUCAAGAGACAUUGGAAACAUUUAACAAUACAGAAAUGACAACUGAAAUUUUAAGUUCUGAGAUGGGAGUUUCUAAAGAGGAAUAUAAAAGUAUUAUAGGAAAAGGACUUACAGAUGAGUUAAAAGUAACCAGACCCGAAUUUAUGAAUUUUAGAUUAUGGGCUCAAAAAACUUAA